AUGCGCCGAGACUGCGCACACCCGCAAAGGAGACCGGAGAGCGCAGAGGCUCAGCUCUCCUCUUCCGCUUCCUUUUCUUUGCGCUCCUCUGCUGCGUGGGGACCGGCGACCUUACUCUCUCUUCUCGCUGAACGGUGCGAGCAGAAAGAUGGAGGAUCGGCGCGUUUUGAGCCGCGAAGAGAAAGCCGGAGACGUCUGUUAAAGAACGCAGCCUGGGAAUGCUUGCUGCUCCCCGCGCUUCGUCAUCGCCUCCCUUCUGCCGACCCUCGAGACACGGUCCCCAUCAGAUCAACGACGACCGCGGCGUCCUCUCCUUGUCCUCCGUCUUCUUCUCCUUUUUCUUCCUCUUCGUUUUCUUCCUGUGCGCGUUCGUGGGCUCUCGAGAUUAGUCAGCAGUUGAUUUUGCGAGGCCGCGAGGAGGACGGUCAGGCUCUGCUUCUUCUGUCAGAGGUGCUGUUGUCUCGCUCCUCCUCGGCGUUUCCCUCGCUCCCACCUUCUUCCUCCGCUGUCACUUUUCUCAAAUCUGGGGGGUUUUGCGAAAGGCGACUGCGGGAUCCCGGCGCUGUCGUUUAUCUCCUUCUUCUUCUCUCUGCGCCGCUUGCCGCUCCACGAGACAGCCGCGAAGAUGCCACGAACCCCAGCGGAAACGCGAACCGCGAGAAGCUUCCCGAUGGCUGCCGAGCCUCAGACUUCUCCAGGCAGGUCCUCGGCGUCGCGGGUGUACGUACACCUCAGCUGGAUGCGCGGCUCCUGCGCUUGGCCUUCACUGGGAAGUUGGCACCAGGAGCGGCGAGGGAGAUUCCGAGCGUUUCUCCACCUGCCUCGAUCCUCUCGGAGGGCGUUUCCGCCGAGCUGAAAGAAGAAAUCCGAGCAGCAGCGAGGCGUCUAGGCUUCCGGGGGAGGUGUGCAGUUCUCCCGGCAUCAACCACCCAGACGCAAAUGGGCAAAGCCGGCACGGACGGAGAAGGCAUAGCAUGCAACGAGGACGACAGGAAAAGGCGGGGAGACACAGGCGAAGAGAGAGACAACGUUGGAGAGAGAGACAAAGACAGAGAGCGAGAAGAUAGCAAUUUCGGGCAGGAGCUUCCGAGCGAAAGGAGAGUAGAGAAGAUGUGUUCCGGAGUUUUGUUGCCUCGCGAGCGACCGGGCCCUGUUUCGACGCAACUGAGUGUCGCCAACCGCUCACAUUCGUCCGAAGAGGACCUCUCUGCCGCCUUCUCUUCUCUCUCUUUAGGAUCUGGUAUUGCGGAACUCGAAUUAGACCAAGAGAGUGGACAGUGUCGCGCCGGGGACAAUUUGUCUCCUGCGGGGAAUCUGUGUCCUGACCGGUCCCGCGGCGAGGCGAGAGAGUCUGGGCCGUCCUCUCUCCGUUCGCUGUUCGCCCCUGUGUCUCCGCCAGAGUUUUCGUUCCGUCCCUUCGGUGCCUUGCCGUUUCCUGCUCUCAUGGAAAAGGGGGCGGCCGCGUGCACGUUUUCUGAAGCGACUCCGCUGUCUCUUUGCGACGCACAAGGGGAUCGUCUCGAUGUCUACUCGCAGCCCCAUGGGAGAGACAGAAAGGUCGAGGAGCGCGAAGCGCGAGAACGCGCUUUCGCAUGGAGACACGGAGGAGCCUGGCGAGGAUGCUUUCACCGCGAAGGUCUCGCCCCGUCCCUUCUCGCACCUGUAAAGGAAGAUGAGUGUCCUUUCCGUCUCGGCUCUUUACAUGCCGAAGAGCCUUUCGCUGUGCAGAGUGAAAACCCAUUCGCCACCCCUUCUUCGGUUUCCGCUUCCUCGUCUUCCGCUUCGUCCUUCUCUGGUGUCCCUGACGCUCCUUUUCCGUCCGCUCUUUCGUCAGACUUUUCUGCUUCGCCUGGGGUUGCGUUCCGCUCAUCUUCGGGGCCUGGCCACCGCCCGUCCGGCGGGGGAGACGAAUCGACCCCCCCUCCGUUUCCAGAGAGAAGUCUGAGUUUCUUCUCCCUUCCGCAGUCGCGCCUGCUCGGAGCAGACGAAGGCCGAUUUGCCUUUUUCUCGGCGUCGUUCGAAGGGCGGCAAACAAGCGAAGAAACGGAGGGAAGAGACGCAGGCACGAGAAAAGCAAACAACUUUUUUGGAAAGCUGGACACGCUGGGCCGGGACAAGGCCGCGCGUGUCGACACUCCCGUUGUGCGACCUCUGCAGUUCCCGUGGACAAGCGAAACAGAAGAAGCUGCGGCGCUCGAAGGUGAAAGGAGAAAGACGCUGCCGGGGAGAUAUCGAGCCGAGGCGCCUCGUGACGAAACUGCGCCGACGGCUGCUGUCGCGACGCCCGACGCGUGGGAGAGAGAAAUGACUGCCUGGCUUUAUUCCCAAGAAGCGGCUAGCCAGUCCUCAGGAGCCCGAAAAGAUGAAGUCUUACGAGUCCCCACGCGCUUUGCUUCUUGGGACAUGCGGAUGCUCCAACCGAGAAUUCAGCGCGUUGCCGAGCUCCUCGAUAGACGGAAAAUUGAGCCGAGCGACGCAGGAUGGACAACAGAAAGCUGGACUUCCCAGAUGCUCAGCUGUAUCGACAGCCGAACAGCCGAGUGUAUGGGCACCUUUCUUGCCACUGCAUACGGCACGAUGACCGUCGGUGGUCUCGACAGCAGGUUUGCGCUUCUUUCAGCAGACAGCCGUUCCAAUCGCGAAAGAUGCCCCUAUGUGCGUCCUGUCCCUGCGCUUGUCUCUGCGGCCUCUUCGGCGAUUGUUCCACGGCGUUUGACGCUCGCCGCCGUCCUCUCGACCUCGCCGCCGCCUCCUCCGCCGUUUGGGUUUCGUGCGUGUCCACGUUCCAUGUCGCCUUUGCUCGAGUUUCUGGAAAACUGGGUUUUCCGAGCAAACGUUUAUGAUCCGGGUGACGAAUUUCUUCGACCUUUGCCGGGGGGCUCUCCGUCGCGUUUCCCGUCUCUCACUCUCGGGUGCACGUACCGCCGACGUCUCACCGACUCAGGACAUGCAGACAGCCGAGUGGGAUGUCUGUGGCCUUUGGAGGAUGAAGCCAACGGCGCGUGCGUGUCUUCUUUUUUCUCCGAUGAAGACGCGCAGCAGCGGUGGUCGGACAGAGCGGCGGGUGCUGUGGGAGCGGCUUCCCAGGUGAACUUUGUCCUUCCCUCGUUUCUGCUGUCUAUACAGCAGGAGAUCCACAAAACGGGCCUUCUCCUCCUCAUUCUUCUCCAUGCGUCCCCAGAGGCUUUCCAAGCGGCUAGUCUGGCUACAUCUUUUUCUCGUUCAUCUUCGCCCUCGUUUUCUUCGUUCCCCUCUGCUGCCUCCACUUCUAUGGCGGCCUCCACGUCGCUUGCUCCCUCGCUAGCGGGAGAAAGUGUGAAAUGCGAAAGCGUACCCCCGAAGCCAGAGGCGGAACCUGCGACGGCGCCGGAUCCCGCAGCGGCUUCUGUCCUCGCUUUUGCCGUCCCGAGCUUGACGCUUGAGGGUUUUUCGCGAACGCUGGACAUGAGAAACGGUAUGACUUCACGGUCCUUCUUCUCUUCACACGUUCAGCCCUUUGCGUCUCUCCUCGCCUCCGCACCUGCGGCGUCGCCGUCGCUCCCGGGGUCUGAAGCUGCUCUCGCGUGCGCGUCUUCUGUUUCUUUUCCGUUCGCGGAAGCGAAGCAGGCGCGGACCGGCGGUCGGAGGGGACCGGGCGUCCUCGAGUUUUCUGUCUUUCUGCGAGAACUUCUUCGCGUGGAACAGAAAUACCGCGGACUUCGUGCACUCGGGCUGACCCGAGUUUGGUGUCUGGUGGAGGCCCAGCAGGUAUGUGUACAGUUGAGGGAGGCAGCGCGGGAAGAGCAGUUUCGCCGCGCUCGCGCUUUCCUUCACCAGCGAAUUCGCUUAAGUCACCAAACCCAACUGCUGCAGCUUCAACGGGCGCGUUUGUCGCGAGAAAUGAUUCGAGCGGCGGCUGCCCUGGCGUCACAGAAAACAACCUCGUGUCCCUCGCUCACGGACGUCUGGCGAGAGGUGGCGAAGAGGCAGAAAGAGGAACAGAAAAGUGUGCUGGACAGACAGCGACAGGAACAGGAGGCGGCGAGAAGACGGCGAGAAGCGGCGGACGCGUCGGGCCUGGCACUGGAGGCAGCCGAGAACCGACGAAGCCUGAAAGAAAGACAGGAACGACUGCACGCAGACUUGGAGAGACAGCUCCGCGAGCAACGGUUGGAAUUCGAGCAGCUGGAGCAGCAACUGAAACAGCUCCAGCAGCUGCAGAGAGACAUGGGCAAAUCCUUUUCUUCCCUCUCUCCAGUCUCCCAUCCGAACGUAUGUUUGCACGGAGACCCGCAACUCCUGGUCGGCAGAAGCUCAGCCAAGACGCGGUUUGAAUCGCGGAAACUGACGGCUGGGCUCAUGCACGCCGAACACGCUGUACAGACAGCUGCCGCAGCGCUAGCCAGUGUGGAGCGGGCGCUGGAGAGGCGACGCGCGAGAGAAAGAGAGCGAGAGAAGGGCCGAGAAGAUGCAGACGAUUCCCGAGGAGGAAAGGGUGUCCACGUUUCGCAGCCACCAGGCGGCAACUCGGUUAUCGGAGAUCUGUUAAAAGAUCCAGAAAAGGAGAAAAAGGAGGAUGGAGACCCGUUCCGCGCCUCUUCCCUGGCUUCUCCCGCUCUGCCACCGCCUUCCUCCGCCUCAAUUUGCCUUUCUUAUGAUUUGUCAUCCAGAGGGGAAGAGAGUAACGCGUCGCCUGGCAAGGACCAGCUCUCGCGUGCAGUGCCCGCUUCGCCCGGAGAGAGGAAACGUGAAGACGCGAAUGAAGCGAGUUCAAGCGCCACGGAUACAGCGACGAGCGAGACGAAAAAAGCCGAGAAGGAAACGCGCGUUUGCUCUCCGGCUCUCUCGGAAGCAAUCCAGAUCGAGGCUGGAGCGUGGACGACGACGGCCGCCUCGAGUCCGAGAACCGGAGACAGCGUCGACAGCCUCGAAGAGACGCCUUUCACAGAGAACGGAGACGAAGAUAGAUACGAAGAAGAGGCAUCCGAACACCGCGAGGAAGGCGGGCGGUGGAGGAAGGAGCUGGAGCGAAGAGGAGACCAAGGGAAUUUGAAUCGAAGCAUCUGGAUCUGUGUAGGGCAAGCUGUCGCCACGCAGCAUGCAGUGGCCAACCGCGCCUUCCUCGCUCUCAUGGGACCGCAGCACUGCGAUCUCCUCGGCUGUCUGGACACCGUGAAGAAGUUUAUCCUUUUUGGCGCAUCAGACGUGAUGGGGCAGUUUGCAGUUGAUCUGAUCGCGGAGCUGCAGAAGAAGGAAGCGGAGGAGAAAAAACUGAGAAGGGCGUUUUUGUCUCGAGCCACCUCCAAGGAAGGCUGUUCGGCUGAUCCCAGUUCUCGCCUUACCGGGUGUACAUACGCCCAGGAUUUCGAGAGCUCCAGGAAGCUCCACGUCGCCCGAUAUACAGAGCUGAUCAACACCCUGUUUGCUUCUGCUCUCGCGCCCAUCAGCUUCGCCCCACCUCAACCUUGUGCAUCUGAAGGAGCCCGGGACGCCGGGGGCGCCAAGCCAUCUAGACGCUUUCCAGGUGCCCACGGACACUGUGGAGCCGGAGUCGAGGCACGCCACGCAGUUCUCGGCGUUUCCUCGACUACCGCCUCGAACGUGGCGGUGUCGUUUCAACUCUCUGGCGGCAAUGUGCGCGCGGGCGGCGACGAAAGCGCCUCUCCAGACUCCCCAAGAAACCAGGAGAGCAGAGGGCGAAAUGUGGAAGAACUGCUGAUGGAUGUCGAGGUCUCCAUGCACGCGCCAUUUCCACUAACUCUCUUCUUUGAUGCGGUGAGGACGGCCCUGGAGGAUAGCAACAGGGAAGCGCUAGGAACGAGAGAAGACCUUGCGGACGCGGAGCAUCCACACUCGCCUGCCGCGACAGGUCGCUCGUGGCGACGGAGGUCUCGAAACGGAGACGAAGACGCCUGCGCGGGAGACUGGGCAGAAGACGGCUUCCUCCUGCCUCCUGGGCUGUACGCGCACAUGUGGCAGCUGUGCGUCAAAAUGAAAUUCGUCACUGAUGCAUUCCACGGUUACGUGAUCACCGACGCGUUGCAAACAGAGUGGACCGCUCUCACGGUGUACAUACACCGCACUGUCGAGGCGGCACUCGCCCCGCCGCGCUGCCGACGCUCCGCCAAAGACCGCCAUUCGAGAGACACCUCGCCGCAUCCAAUCCCCCUGGCCUGUGCGGCGAGAGAGAGCGCGCAAACCCCGUCGAAUCGAUUCUCGAGUUCUCCGCAAGGUGGGACCGGGAACCUGGCGCGCAGUGGAGGUACACCGCAGUGUAGACCCAGCGGUGCGGCUGAAGAGGGAAGUGAGACACUCAAGAGGCCAGAAGUCCGGAAUUUCGAAACGAGGCGAUUGACCGCGGCAGACAGUGGAGAAGAGGCUUCAGCGUUCGGACUUUUCGCCGCCCACCGAAAAACCAUUACUUCCAUUCACACCAGGUGUCUCCUCUCUCCGCGACUCGCUCCCUUGCACCAGCACGUGAUGGACGUGCUGCGGGCGUCUUGGGCUCUACGAGCCCUGCAGCAGCAGCUCGAAGGAGACGAGAGACACCUGAGAGAUCUGCUAGUCCAGCAGACGAAGAAAUGGAGAGAGCUGAGUCGCCAACGCGGCCAGGUCGACAAAGAGGCUCUAGACCUCCCUGCAGAGAAGGCGCGCGUCGUUCGCGCCUCAUUUGCGAACUUUCUCCAGGCGCCGGACGCGGUACAGCCGAACUCAAGUUCUCCACGAAAUGCUCCGCCGCAGCAAAACUGUGGCAUUGGCGAGUUGAUCCAGCGCGAAGAAGAAGCCAUUCUGGCGGCGAAACGAGGCAUAGAACGCGCCGGUGUAGCCGCGGGCCUCGUGGCAGCUCAACAGCUCUUGAAGAUCGAGAAAACGUUUAAUGCCGCAUGCGAUGGGCUUAUGAGGGCCCUGCAGAAACUGGAGCCUCUGCAGUUGCUCGACGCCCUAGCUCUACGGCUCGAUUUCAACCGUUUCUACUCCAGAGAGGCCGCUAUGAAGGCUGCUCGCGCAAGCGUGGAACGAAAGGUUCGAGGCCUUUGA